AUUCUCCUCCUGACAAUAUAAAUACAGCUGCGCACUUUUAUCAUCAGAGACGCGUUCACAGCAUUAUUUAACAUAGCAGCCAACACGCGAGAAAAUCACUUUAACAACUUCUCAAGUUUAACACUACCAAGUUUUCCUUCGUAAUCACUGGUUUUCAUAUCUUGACAAUGCCGUUUCUUGGACAAGACUGGCGGUCUCCUGGUCAAAGCUGGGUGAAAACGGAGGACGGCUGGAAAAAAACGAUCAAAGAUGAAAACGAGACGAAUAACAAUGUUUCAGAACGGAAGAGCUACUGCAAGGAAGAACAUGACAAGGAGAAUUUGAUCCUCAGCAUUAAUUAUGAUGUGGCUGCAAAGAAGAGAAAGAAGGACUUGCUAAACAACAACACAAAGAUUCCUUAUUUUUACAAAGACAAAUGGAUUUACGUCCACAAAGGAAGCACCAAAGAGCGACAUGGAUAUUGUACUCUGGGAGAAGCAUUUAAUCGCUUGGAUUUCUGCAGUGCCAUCAAAGACACCAGGCGAUUCAAUUAUGUCGUACGGCUGCUGGAGCUGAUCGCCAAGUCCCAACUGCCUUCGCUGAGUGGAGUGGCACAGAAAAACUACAUGAACAUUCUGGAAAGGGUUGUGCAGAAAGUUCUUGAGGAUCAGCAAAAUGUUCGACCAAUUAAAGAACUGCUGCAGACACUAUAUGCGUCGUUGUGCAGUCUGGUUCAGGACAUGGGCAAGUCUGUCCUGGUGGGCAACAUCAACAUCUGGGUGCACCGCAUGGAGAACAUACUACAGUGGCAACAGCAGCUUGACAAUAUUCAGAUCAACAGGCCUACAAACACAGGGAUGACAUUCCUUGAUCUGCCGGCUAGCUUACAACUGAAUAUCAUGCACCGUCUUUCAGACGGACGAGAUCUGGUUAGCCUGGGUCAAGUAUGCCCUGACCUAAGUGUGCUGACAGAAGAUCGGCUGUUGUGGAAGAAGCUCUGCCAGUAUCACUUUGCAGACAGACAGAUCCGCAAGCGCCUAAUAGUGUCAGAUAAAGGACAAUUGGAAUGGAAAAAGAUGUACUUUAAGUUGUGCCGGUGCUACCCUCACAAAGAACAGUACACUGACACGUUACAGUUCUGCACACAUUGCCACAUCCUGUUCUGGAAGGAUACAGACCAUCCUUGCACUGCCAAUAACCCAGAGAGCUGCUGCAAGCCUGUCUCUCCACAGGGUUUCAUCAACCUUUUCAAAUUCUAGGGGGCGCUGCAUUGCUGCCAUGUACAUAGUGUCAAUAGUGCAAAGGAUUCCUGGAUGACUUGAGGCAGGGAAAAGAUGGGGUGGCAUUAGAAGCAAGUGUCAUAAUGUUUUGUGGAGAAGUUUAGAAACUGAAUGUACUCGAGAAAUAUGCGAGAUGAGAAACUAAAAAGCUGUUUUGGCGGAAAAUAUGCUCCAUUUAUUUAAAAAGGAUUUAUUUAUAUUUAUUUAGCAUGGAUCUUGUUUACUCAAAGUUACAUUAAAGGUUAGAAAAAGGAUAUUUAAAAUGAUCCUAACUGCAUAAAAAGUUGCCCUUGUGCUGUCAGGAUGCCCUGGUUUCUUCUGUGAAUGUAAUAUAGGUUUGAGUUUUGGCAACACAAACAUUUGAGUUUCAGAUAGCAUAUUGGUGCUUUAGCGAGUGCAUGUAAUGGGAAUGUUUACCAAAAUGGCCUUAACACUGGUGUGCAAUACUUUUUUUCUAAGUAAUUUUUUUUCCACUUUUAUACAUUUGAUAUUUUCAGUGGUUUGCGAUUUAAACAUGCUUGUUUUUCGAAACAAUAAAUACAUGAUUAUGUUGUAAGCUGUUGUGAAGCAUAAACUCAUCCAAGGUGCCUUAUUGUGAGUGGUCAAAAGCAACUUCAAAAGAUGUUUGUCUUUCAUUUGCAGAUGGUUCUUUCCGAAUAAAACUUCUGAAUGGUAUUCAGAUUUAUAUGUGAAUCGAUGAAUAAAAUAUUUGUAUAGAUUUACAAUAAUUCAUCAACUCUUGCAUGGUUUAUUUUUUCUGUUUACUAUAUUAUUUUGGGUUUUGGAAGAUAAAAUAUAUAUAUGUAUAUCUAGCCUAUGUACACACACACAAACAAGUCCAAGUUGAUGAAAUAAACCACAACCACAUCUAUCAUUGCCUUGCAAGAUUUUUAGUGCCAUCUUGUGUACAAGUGUUUUUUUUCUAGUGGUGACUGGUUUUGUUAAACCAUAGAUGUGGUCUACAAAUAUUUGUAAUAUUGUGUUCUCGAAUUUACUUAAAGCAACAAUGACCGCAUCACAUGCACAAAGUACUAAAUCUGCACCAAAAAUUUAUAAAUAUUUUUUUGAUUAGCUUUGUUGUUGAAUUAUGCAUUCAUAUUUUGACAUUAAAAUCUCAUGAUAUAUUGUGCUCUCCUAUGGAUCAUAUAAAUAUCAACCAAUUUUAUGCAGCAUAGUUACAAGACUGUAACAAGACAUUAUCAGCAGUAAACGGCAUAAUUAACAAAUACUAACCCUUAACUCAUGGAAUCUGUAUCCACUGUGCAUAUUUUGUGUAUUCAAAUAAAUAUACAUCACAGAAAAUCUAGCAUUAAAAUACAAAAAUUGAAAUUUUCUAAAAUUGUUUUAUUUCUUGAAAAGCAAUAAAUUCCAGAUCCUCCACACAGAAUUUUUUUUAAAAAAAAACAGGGUUUGGGGUAGGAUUAAAAGAACAAAUGGCAUUUAUGAUACUUUAUUAGUAUAUUAUGCAUGACUCAUUUGCCCCUUAACAAAAAAAAAAACAUGCUUUAAAAUUAAAUGAGAAAACUAUAUGCACCACUUAUGAAGUCUGUGUAGACUUUCUGAAAAAAUGAAAAUUCUGUCAUUAAUUACUCACCCUCAUGUCGUUCCAAACCCGUAAGAUAUUCGUUCAUCUUCAGAAAACAAAUGCAGAUUUUUUUAAUGAAAUCUAAGAGCUUUAUGUCCCUUCAUUGACAGCCUACGCAACUACCACUUUCAAGCCCCAGAAAGGUAGUGAUAUCAUUAAAGUAAUCCAUGUGACUCCAGUGGUUUAACCUCAAUUUUAAGAAGCAAUGCGAGUGCUGUGUUUGCGGGAAAAAACAACCUGAUCUCGCAGCAAUUCGUACGUAUUUUAUGAGGUGGCUAAUUCGUACGAAUUCGUACAUUUUUUGCGAAAUUGUACGUAUUUUACGAGUUGGCAAAUUCGUAUGAAUGACCUACCCCUAACCCCGCCCCUAAACCUACCCUUCACUGGGGUUUAGACAAAUCAUAUGAAUUCGUACGAGUGGCGUCGUACAAAUUAGCCACCUCGUAAAAUACAUACGAAUUUCUUGUGAGAUAGCAUUGGAAAAAAUACAUAUUUUAGCACUUUAUUUACAGAAUAUUAACCUCCGUCGCGCGUUCACUCAUCAAUGUCUGCUCUCGCGCAUGUGUGUUGUGCUCUCGCACAUUCGGGUCUGCUCUCGCUUCAACACAACACCAACACACGUGCGUCGUGAUACUCUCAUGAACGUGCGUUGGAGAUUCAUAUUUUGUAAAUAAAGUGAACGAAAUUCGUACGGGUUUGGGACGACGAGGCUGAGUAAGUAAUGACAGAAUUUUCAUUUUUGAGUGAACUAACCCUUUAAUUAACUUUCUCUUUAACAAAAUCAUUGCUGAAAACAUUAAAAAUAGAUUCCUGAAACUCAUCUGGGAUUUCUAGAUGACUCGAUUACAAACCUUUAAGAUUGUUUACUUCUGCUUGGGCAGUGUUUCAUCAUUGGGGAAGAAAGGCUGACAUGUUUUUUUCCAGCGGAGGAGUUUUACGCAAUGUCAAAUAAACAAUUAAAACAAUAUUUGGGCUUUCUCAGUAAGUGUAUGACUGGGAUUUUAGUUCAAAAGAUGUCCAACUACUUGUACCGAUCCCGUACAAUCACGGCGUAUGAAUCACAGGUUAUCACAUCGCAGGCCACGGACGUGCAGAAAGCCUCCAAGAUGAUGCAGAUUGUCAUUAAAAAAGGUCAAAGUGCAUGCGACUCAUUCCUCAGAUGCCUCGGAAUUUGUGAUCCGGGAUUGUAUGAGAAUGUUACAGGACAUCCAGCACAAUUUAGUCUUGAGGACCAUCAACAUAUAGAGGAAAUUCCUUUCUCAG